AUGGAUACAGCAAGUGAUGCCACAAAAAUCCUAGAGAAAGGACCUGAAUACCUCAGGAAGCAAAUGGAGCUGGAGAGUGAGACAAAAGUACACAUGAGUGCUGUGGAGAGGCUCGCUGCAAGUAAACUCAAAUAUGUCAAAAGCAAAGAGGUGGUCAGCUCUACUCAGGAAUCUGUGAUCACCAUUGGAUCUGGCUCUGUAAGCAGUACCGGGUCUUCGAACCGGAGCUCCAACCGAGGUGGGAAUCUGAGCACUUUGAGUAUCUCAACUGCAGCAACAUGUGGUUCCCAAAGGAUCUCACCAGUGCAGGUUCGUCGAUCCAGCUCCAAAAAACGACCAGACUCUCUUCUAAUUCACAGACAGAAAUGUGAGUUACUGAGAGGGUCAGCAAGUGGCCGCAGAUAUCGGAGAUCGCGAAAGCUACAGCAGAAAAAUGCUCCGUUACCUGAGGCAGCAGAUAAAGAGUGCGAGGGUGAGAGCAACACAGUGAAAAUCACCACACCUGAGGGAACAGAGAAGGAAUGCAGCUCCCUUACAGAGAAGAAAGAGAAGAUUGGGGAAGCAGAACAACACAGCAAAGGAAACAGUGCUUCUGGGACAAAGGUGACAGCUCCUGGUGGGAACAAAUCUGCUUGUCUCUUGGCGGUUCCUGAGGUCGUAAAGAGGUCUGGGAAAGGAGUCAGUCGUUCGCACUCCGACAUCAGCUCCAGGUACUCCAAAAACUUUGCAGACUUUGAUGCUUUUUUCAAGUACUGUGGGCUGGAAGGGGAGGUCAUCGAGUCUCUGGGGAAGGAGAACUUCUCGGCACGCUCAAACGAGAUUACUAAUACCAUCGUCAGGAGUUUCAGCAUCUCUACAUCGGAGGAUGGCUUCUCCAGGAACAGUGGGGACAGCGACGGGCUGCUGGAGGAAGAGUUACAUGAGAAGAUUCAUCAGGGGACGUCUGUCAUUGAGCGCAAUGCAAGGAUUAUCAAAUGGCUGUACAGCUGCAAAAACGCCAAAGAGACUGGGAAAAAAUUGAGAGAUCUGGAUUGAGAGAACACUGUCUUCUGUUUUCUUUGGGGGCCAUAUCAUAAUGUUUCUAAAUGACACAGCUAAUCCAUCUCCUCAUCCAUCCAUCUUCUGUUUUUAUCUCUACCAUUGUUUCUAUUUGUUUCUGUGCAAACUUUUUUAGCAGACGCAUAUCAGGAGAAAUUUUGGUUACAGCAUGUUUUUGUCUAUUAAAACUUGCAACAGCUAACUUUUCUGUCACAUUAGGCUCAGAGUCCAACAUCAAACACACAUAACAGAAACCUCUGUUACUUUAUAAAUACAUUUUGAUAUAGGCAGUCUUCUAAUAUAAUUUAAUCACAAUGCAGAUUUAGAGUCUUUGACCUUUAAUGCUACUUUGGCAUUGACAGUUCCCACGACAGAGCACUCCUCACCCACUAGGUUACCAAGUUAUCUCACCGCGCUUCUGCUCCCUUAUUUGUGACCGUCAAGUCCUUCUUGAAACACUCUGUUUAUCCCCAGUGAAUUAAAACAAACAUGCUGUAUACAAAGAAAACAUAAAAAUAUUGAUAGAAAUCGUGUCUUAAAAUAUAGAGAAGCACUAGACUAGGAAAAAGUGUGUUUUGUGUCUCCUCUGUAUGUAAGUUGACAGCAGAAGUCUCGUCCCUUCUUGAUUUUGAGAGCUCAGUGAUGGAGAACCGUGUUCAAGUGUUGAAAAAUGGCACUUUAA